AUGUCGGGCCCCGAUGGCGACCUGAUCCUGCCGGUGGAGGCUGGAGCGGAAGAUGAGGACGACGGCUUCGGGGAAGCAGAAUAUGCUGCCAUCAACUCCAUGUUGGACCAGAUCAACUCCUGUCUGGACCAGCUGGAGGAGAAGAACGACGACCUCCACGCCCGCCUCCAGGAGCUGCUGGAGUCCAGCCGGCAGACACGCCUUGAGUUCCAGCAGCAGCUCGGGGAGCCCCCAGCGAUGCCAGCCCCUAGGCUCCAGGAGCCCCCAGCCAGGCCCCAACCCUGCCCCCUUGGGCCAGGCUCUGGCCUGGGCACUCAUCCCCUGGCUUAGAUACCUUCUCAAAGGCUGGCCUUUGGUGGGUCUGC